UCCGAGAUCCUCUUCCGGGGCAGAGAUCGCGCCGCCCCGCCCCUCGUCUCCUCCAAGAUGGCGAGCGGCGGCAGCGGGGGAGUGUCGGUGCCUGCGCUGUGGAGCGAAGUCAACCGCUAUGGCCAGAACGGCGACUUCACGCGCGCUCUCAAGACCGUCAACAAGAUCCUGCAGAUCAACAAGGAUGAUGUCACUGCUCUGCACUGUAAAGUGGUAUGCCUUAUCCAGAACGGAAGUUUCAAGGAAGCCUUGAAUGUUAUCAAUACCCACACCAAAGUGUUAGCCAACAACUCGCUCUCCUUUGAGAAGGCGUACUGUGAGUACAGGCUAAACAGAAUUGAGAACGCCUUGAAGACCAUAGAGAGUGCCAACCAGCAGACAGACAAACUGAAGGAGCUUUAUGGACAAGUGUUAUAUCGCCUGGAACGCUAUGAUGAGUGCUUAACUGUGUACAGAGAUCUUGUCCGAAACUCCCAGGAUGAUUAUGACGAGGAGAGGAAAACAAACCUUUCAGCAGUUGUUGCAGCUCAAAGCAAUUGGGAAAAAGUGGUUCCGGAGAACUUGGGCCUGCAGGAAGGCACCCAUGAACUGUGCUACAAUGCUGCGUGUGCACUGAUAGGACAGGGCCACCUGAACCAGGCAAUGAAAAUCCUACAGAAAGCUGAAGAUCUGUGCCGCCAUUCAUUUUCAGAAGACUCAGAUGUGACUGAGGAGGACCCAGAGGCAGAACUGGCCAUCAUUCACGGUCAGAUGGCCUACAUUCUGCAGCUUCAAGGUCGUACGGAGGAGGCUUUGCAGCUGUACAAUCAGAUAAUAAAACUGAAGCCAACAGAUGUGGGAUUACUCGCUGUAAUUGCAAAUAACAUCAUUACCAUUAACAAGGACCAAAAUGUCUUUGACUCCAAGAAGAAGGUGAAAUUAACCAAUGCAGAAGGUGUAGAGUUUAAGCUUUCCAAGAAACAACUGCAAGCUAUAGAAUUUAACAAAGCCUUACUUGCUAUGUACACAAACCAGGCAGAACAGUGCCGCAAAAUAUCUGCCAGUUUACAGUCGCAGAGUCCUGAGCAUCUCCUGCCAGUGUUAAUCCAAGCUGCCCAGCUCUGCCGUGAAAAGCAACAUGCAAAAGCAAUAGAGCUGCUUCAGGAAUUCUCAGAUCAACAUCCAGAAAAUGCAGCUGAAAUUAAGUUGACCAUGGCACAGUUGAAAAUUUCUCAAGGUAAUAUUUCCAAAGCAUGUCUAAUAUUGAGAAGCAUAGAGAAGUUAAAGCAUAAACCAGGCAUGGUGUCUGCGUUAGUGACCAUGUACAGCCAUGAGGAAGACAUUGAUAGUGCCAUCGAGGUCUUCACCCAAGCUAUCCAGUGGUAUCAGAACCAGCAGCCAAAAUCUCCUGCUCAUUUGUCCUUGAUAAGAGAAGCUGCAAACUUCAAACUCAAAUACGGGCGGAAGAAGGAGGCCAUUAGUGACCUAGAACAGCUCUGGAAACAAAAUCCCAAAGAUAUUCACACGCUGGCACAGCUUAUUUCUGCUUACUCACUUGUAGAUCCAGAGAAAGCAAAAGCUCUGAGUAAACACUUGCCCUCAUCAGACAGUAUGUCUCUAAAGGUGGACGUGGAGGCUCUUGAAAAUUCUCCUGGUGCUACAUACAUUCGGAAGAAGGGUGGAAAAGUUACUGGAGACAGCCAGCCAAAGGAGCAAGGACAGGGAGAUUUGAAAAAGAAGAAGAAGAAAAAGAAGGGAAAGCUGCCUAAGAAUUAUGACCCAAAAGUUACCCCGGAUCCAGAAAGGUGGCUGCCAAUGCGAGAACGCUCCUACUAUCGAGGACGGAAGAAGGGGAAGAAGAAGGACCAGAUUGGAAAGGGGACACAGGGAGCGACUGCGGCAGCGUCGUCUGAACUGGACGCCAGUAAAACCGUGAGCAGCCCGCCCACGUCUCCAAGGCCUGGCAGUGCAGCAGCCGUGUCUGCCUCCACGAGUAACAUCAUCCCCCCGAGACACCAGAAACCUGCAGGAGCGCCAGCAGCAAAAAAGAAACAGCAACAGAAAAAGAAGAAAGGUGGAAAAGGUGGUUGGUGAUGAGAACAUUGCUGUCGUAGGCUGUUUUUAACUGGUCUCAGUGGCACUAGGAACAUAAUAAAGGCAACAGAGCAAGAAGCACAGAGCUGCUCCCUCUUCCAUCCCCAUCUUGUCGUACAAUCAUUUUCUCGGGCAUCAAACAGCACAUCCUCCCCAGUCCACCCCGGCAGAACUGGCCCACUGUGCCCCAGCUUUGCGCAGGUGAUGACUGAGAAUGAUUGGGCAUUGCUCCACCUGGAUGUCUGUUGCUUCCUUUAUCUUUGUGUAUGGAUUUGCUCUUCUCUGUUUCACAAAAAGGCACAUCAUGUGCGGCUUCCCAGGAUUUAGACAGAAACUGUUUUCUGCUCUUUCAGCUCCAGUCAGAAGACACUCGUUCCCACUUUCAGUUACGGCUUAGGAGGCCCACAGAGACUGAAAGUAGAAUCUUCUGAGCAUUCCAGAUACCUGCUUAGAAAUGUCCUGUGUUCGUUCAGAAGGGACCUUAUUAAAACACUGAUGUUCUUGAGUGGCCACAAGAAGUCAUUUUAGCCAUAAGUUGUGGCAUGUGAUUCUAGAUACGGGACCCUCCAUAAUUUAUUUGUAUACACGAAUGACUCAUUGGUGUGCACUGGGUUUUCAGAUGAUGUUAACAUGUUGACGUAACAUCACUGAAGACUUCAAGGGAGAUGUGUCAAUGUGGCGAGAAGUUGAGUCUUAGACCCAGUGUUCUGAGAUGAGAUGGCUUUGAACUGUCUCUAUCAGAAAGGUUAAUGACCCCUAUCAAAAACAUGAACAUUGGCUUCAUUACAUAGAGAGAGAAUCAGUACCAGGCAGCGUUAAAAUCUAACAGAACUAUUUGGCCCAGUUAACAGGCUUCCUUUUCUAGUUACGGGUUAUGAUGGUUCGUGACCCUUUGAAAGUAAUGAAGUAUUUUACAGGGGACUUGCGUAAGUGUUGCCUUGUCUUUCCCUGCUUACAAGCCAGCUUCACACUGAACAGCUGUGAGAGACACAUUGGGACGCCUGCCCUUGUUAGUACUCAUUUUCUGCUGCCCCAAAUCAUUUAUUCUAAACUUAUAAGUAUUUCCUGUGAUCAGAUUACUCUGUCCUUGUUAAUAAAGUGCUGCUGUUUGAAUCUGAA